AUGGAGGGGGUGAGGACAGGGGGGGUGUGGUUGAUGGAGGGGGUGAGGACAGGGGGGGUGUGGUUGAUGGAGGGGGUGAGGACAGGGGUGAUGUGGUUGAUGGAGGGGGGGAGGACAGGGGGGGUGUGGUUGAUGGAGGGGGGUGAGGACAGGGGGGGUGUGGUUGAUGGAGGGGGUGAAGACAGGGGGUGUGUGGUUGAUGGAGGGGGUGAGGACAGGGGGGGUGUGGUUGAUGGAGGGGGUGAGGACAGGGGGGGUGUGGUUGAUGGAGGGGGUGAGGACAGGGGGGGUGUGGUUGAUGGAGGGGGACAGGGGGGGUGUGUUGAUGGAGGGGGUGAGGACAGGGGGGGUGUGGUUGAUGGAGGGGGUGAGGACAGGGGGGGUGUGGUUGAUGGAAGGGUGAGGACAGGGGGGGUGUGGGUUGAUGGAGGGGGUGAAGACAGGGGGGGUGUGGUUGAUGGAGGGGGUGAGGACAGGGGGGGUGUGGUUGAUGGAGGGGGACAGGGGGGUGUGGUUGAUGGAGGGGGUGAGGACAGGGGUGAUGUGGUUGAUGGAGGGGGAGAGGACAGGGGGGGUGUGGUUGAUGGAGGGGGUGAGGACAGGGGUGAUGUGGUUGAUGGAGGGGGUGAGGACGGGGGGGUGUGGUUGAUGGAGGGGGUAAGGACAGGGGGGGUGGUUGAUGGAGGGGGUAAGGACAGGGGUGAUGUGGUUGAUGGAGGGGGUGAGGACAGGGGGGUGUGGUUGAUGGAGGGGGUGAGGACAGGGGGGGUGUGGUUGAUGGAGGGGGAGAGGACAGGGGUGAUGUGGUUGAUGGAGGGGGUGAGGACAGGGGUGAUGUGUUUGAUGGAGGGGGUGAGGACAGGGGUGAUGUGGUUGAUGGAGGGGGUGAGGACAGGGGUGAUGUGGUUGAUGGAGGGGGUGAGGACAGGGGUGAUGUGGGUUGAUGGAGGGGGUGAGGACAGGGGGGUGUGGUUGAUGGAGGGGGUGAGGACGGGGGGGUGUGGUUUAUGGAGGGGAGGGGGUGAGGACAGGGGGGGUGUGGUUGAUGGAGGGGGUGAGGACGGGGGGGUGUGGUUGAUGGAGGGGGUGAGGACAGGGGGGGUGUGGUUGAUGGAGGGGGUGAGGACAGGGGGGGUGUGGUUGAUGGAGGGGGACAGGGGGGGUGUGGUUGAUGGAGGGGGUAAGGACAGGGGGGGUGUGGUUGAUGGAGGGGGUGAGGACAGGGGGGGUGUGGUUGAUGGAGGGGGUGAGGACAGGGGGGGUGUGGUUGAUGGAGGGGGUAAGGACAGGGGGGGUGUGGUUGAUGGAGGGGGGAACAAGCGAGACCAUGGAGGGAGAGAAGAGGAUGAUGGAUGUGAUUAUGGCGGCAGGUUGGACUCAGGAUACGAGUGCGCUCCUGUGGGAGGGUCAAAGUAA